GCUGCACAGCACUAAUGACUUCACAUGCAUUUAAUCAGCUUGGGCUUCCAGAGCCUCCUCCUCGGGAGCAGGAAAGGUCGUGCGCCCCGGGUGCAAAUGCUCCCAAAGCCGCACCCCCCCCUUACCAAUCAUUAAUCACCACCGGGCCGGCAACACGAGUGUGCGGCAAGCAAGCAGGAAAAGGCCAAGUCUCCGCAGCCCCCGCGGGAGCAGCGGGAAGCAGUGCUGGCCGGUCCCCUGUGGUGGCAGCUCCUUCUCUGACUACCCUCCCUGGGGAGGCCCCGGUGGAGGUGGCCAGUCCUGCACGCACUGCCCUUUCCUUCAGGAAGGUCAUUUGGUCCUGGGUGCGGGAGGCUCUGCCUGCGGCUGGGAGCUACUGGGCUACACGCGAGGUGGGAGCUCUGAAGAGGAGCUUCUGCCUGGUCGUCACCACGGUCUUCAUCUCUUCGCCAUGCGGCACAAGGCAUUUUGGAGUGCCCUGGAGUACACCUGCCGAUUGCUGGGCAUCUCCACCGCAGCAGUGCUGAUCGGUGUGGGCGUAGAAACUCUGCAGCGAGGACAGUUCAAAAGCCUGGCUUUCUAUCUGCUUUUUUCAGGGGUUGCAGUUACUGUCUGUGAAGGCUUCUUCUUUAUCAGUUUGUUCCUGGAGAUGUGUUUCACAUGCAAGCCUGACUCCCUGGCACAGGCCUGCUGGAAGCGAGCUAGACGCCCGGGGAGCUUCCAGAAAUUCCUGGGGUACACGCUGCUCUCAGUGGCUUGCUUCCUGCAUCCCGUCCUCGUCUGGCAUGUCACCAUCCCUGGGUCUAUGCUGGUGCUCACCGCCCUGGCCUACUUCCUGCUGAGCAAGAGGAGGAAGAGCCCAGGGCACAAGGAGACACAUCCCCAGGCAGGAGAGUACGUGGACCCUUCAGCCACCAUGGCAGCCCCAACCAUUGCUGGUGACACUGAGCAGACCUACACCUUCCCUGGGGCCCAGCGGGAGCAGCACCGCUCGCUGCUGGGCCACAUGAAGAGCAUCCUGAAGGGCAGCAAGGACAGGAGCCCGGACCCAGUAGCUCCUGCCCAACCUGCAGCCCCGCCAGCCCCACGCAAGCAAGUGCACUUCCAGGAGAAGGUGGUGCAGAUCAUCCCCUCUGUCAGCGAGAGCUUGGAGGAUGUGGAGAGCGAGGCUGAGGAGACCACAUCGGACACAACACCCAUCCUCACCCCACCCGAUGGCCCCGUCAUCCUCAGUCCCCUCAGCUCCACGGGCCUUUUUUGAGCCCUCAGCAGGAAGGAGGCUGGGACAGACCUGCUACCCCUGGCACUGGCAUCUCUCCCUGCCGCUCCAGCAGCUGAGGGGCCCUGAGAGGUGGCCCUCCUUGCCCUCCCUGCCUCCAGGGUGACAACUGUGUCACCCCCUCUUCAAGGGGCCGCCUGCACUACGUGGUCCCACACCUCGUGACGGGGCCAGUGGUGGUCGCCAGCCCCUGCAGCACCAUGCCCAGGGGACAGGUGGUGGUUCAGCCAGGGUAGUGCCAGGACAGUAAGGUUUCUGCUCCCAUGGCCUCAGCGUGGGUCACCCCUCCGUUACGGCACUGCACAUCGCGGCAGCUGCUCCUGCCUAACAUCACAGCCAUGGCCUACGGCUCCCAUGAGGCAGCAGCAGGCAGGAGGAGGGGAGACCGCCAUGCCCCCAGAGCAGCCUCUGCUGGGGGCAGUUGUCUCCCUCCUGCCCUCGCUGCGCAUUGAAGACCUCAGGGCUGGGAGACGUUCAGCACAGG